UUGGAAGGAGACCAGAGAACCUCAGUCAGCUUUAAACUCUCUGAAACAUGAUUCAAGACGUAAGAAAACAUUCAGCUGCUCUGAGUGUGGGAGAAGAUUUGGCCAAAGGGCACAUCUGAAGAGACACAUGAUUACUCACACAGGAGAAAAACCUUUUAGGUGCUCAGUCUGUAUGAAAUCUUUUACACAGAGAGGAGAUUUACAGAAACACAUGAGAGUCCACACAGGAGAGAAACCAUUUAGCUGCUCUGAGUGUGAUAAAGCUUUCACUGAAAGUGGAACCCUGAAGAGACACAUGAUUACUCACACAGGAGAAAAGCCUUUCAGCUGCUCAGUCUGUAAUAAAUCUUUUACACAGAGUGGAAGUUUACGGUCACACAUGGCCGUAGUCCACACAGGAGAGAAAAGAUUUAACUGCCAGUGUUGUGGGAAAAGAUUUGGCUUCAAGUCACAUCUGAAGACACACAUAAGAAGUCACACAGGAGAAAAACCUUUCAGCUGCUCACUUUGUAAUAAAUCUUUUACACAGGGAGGACAUUUACGUUCACACAUGAGAAUCCACACAGGGGAGAAACCUUUCAGCUGCUCUGAGUGUGGGAAAAGAUUUAGCUUCAAGUCAGAUCUGAAGAGACACAUAAGAACUCACACAGGAGAAAAACCUUUCAGCUGCUCAGUCUGUAAGAAAUCUUUUACACAGAGAGGAAAUUUAGAAAAACACAUGAGAAUCCACACAGGAGAAAAACAUAAAUGUGCUGGUCAUAUAAACACAGAAGCUGAUGUAGAGGACUGUCGAGGACCAGAACCAGCCGGGAACUCACAUCCACAUCCACUUUUACAACCAGAGACUGAGUAUAAUAACUGGAUGCAUGACUUCCGCUGGCAUAGAAGAUUUGCUGAGACGGCUUCCAACUUUUAA